AUGUUUACCGGAAUUGUGGAGAUUUUGGGUACCGUUUCCAAACUCGACUCUCUCGACAAAUCCGAGGGUGGAGGUGGUGGAACAUCAUUGACCAUAUCUGAGGCUGAGGAUAUCCUUGUCGACGCCCAUCUCGGUGAUAGUAUCAGCGUCAAUGGAACAUGCCUAACCGUCACCACCUUUGACAAAUCCACCUUCAAGGUCGGCGUUGCUCCUGAGACACUCCGUAGGACAAAUCUUGGCUCCCUGAAAGAGGGAUCGCGCGUCAAUCUCGAAAGAGCAGUCUCGGCAUCUACCCGCAUGGGAGGUCAUUUCGUACAAGGCCAUGUCGACACAGUUGCAACCAUUUUGGCCGUCACACCGGAUGGCAACGCGCUUACUUUUCGAUUGCAGCCCCGGGAUAAAUCUAUCCUGCGAUACGUAGUGGAAAAAGGCUACGUCACGCUGGAUGGUGCGAGCUUGACUGUGACAAAAGUGGUUGAUGGCGAGGACGGUUGGUGGGAAGUAAUGUUGAUCGCAUACACGCAGGAACGCGUGGUGAUGGCGAGCAAAAAGCCAGGAGACUUAGUCAAUGUGGAAGUUGACAUGGUGGGCAAAUAUGUGGAGAAGAGUGUCGCGGGCUAUUUUGAGAGUAAGCCGGGAAGUAGUGACAUUCCAAUCCUGGAGAAGAUGGUGGCACGGAUAGUGGAUGAGAAACUUAAAGGGUUUAAGGCUUCAUUAUGA